AGCAUAACCUUAAAUCCUGUAGUAAUCCUUACUGGUGUGGUAAUGUGGUCCUGAAAUAUUUUCCUCAGAGACUGAUUCCUGUGCAAAUGUUACCCGCUGUGCUUAUGUAUUUGCAGUUUUGUUUCAAAUGGGCUAUUUUGAAUCUCUAACAGUCAGUCAGUAGAAUGACAACUAAUUUGUUGUUUUUUGUUUUUUUUUAACUUUGUUUGCUGUUGUCUGGCAGCAAGUAAGUAACGAUUUAAUUAUGACUAAUUGCUCAUGCAGUAGGCAUAAUGUUAAGACAGAAUAUGCUUAGAACAUCGGGUCAGGCUGGCACUGGGAAAGUUUCAGGCUCACAUGCAUAGAGCCGGGGAGAAGCGUGCAGUCAUUACAAGCUGAAAAGGUUAAUUUUGCAGUGAAGCUGUCUGGAGCUGAGUGGGAUUUCUUAGAGACAUCCUGCUGGAUGAUGACUCUUUGUGUUUUACUACACUCUCUAUUUGCUGCUGUGUGUAUACUGGUACAGUGGCACGUACAAGUAAUUUAAUACAAAUAUCUGUACAUAUAUAAUUUUGAAAGUCCCUUAGAGCAACUGAUGUGUUACGCAGUUACACCCUUCCCAAACCAGCUUAAAUUUACUGAGAGUUAGGGUAACAAAGCCAAUAAGUGCCGUCUAUGAAAUGCUUUUCUUUGGCUUCUGUUUUGUUUUAAUUGCAGUUCCGGCAAAUUAUGCCCCCUAUUUCUUUGAUAAUGGAGACAGAAGCACAAACGGGAACAUGGCACUUCUCAGCCUUUCGGAGGACACACCCGUUGGUACCCACGUGUACACUCUGAACGGAACUGACCCAGAAGGAGAUCCCGUGACAUACGGCCUGACCUAUGAAGCUGGAUCAAGACGCUACUUUUCUGUUGACAAACGCUUUGGAAACGUUACGUUGAUUGAGGAGCUUGACAGAGAGAAAGAAGAUGAGAUUGAAGUUAUAGUCAGUAUUUCAGAUGGCCUGAGUACAGUUUCUGAAAAAGUCAGGAUCCUUGUAACAGAUGCUAAUGAUGAGAGCCCAGAGUUCAUCAAUACACCUUACAUAGUCCAAGUCCCAGAGAACACCCCCUCAGGCAGCAGUAUAUUUAAGAUCGAGGCAGUAGACAGAGACACGGGUUCUGGAGGAAGUAUCACCUACUUCUUGCAGAACAUCCAUGCUAAUAAGUUUACAAUAGACCGUCACAGUGGUGUUCUGCGCAUCAAAACAGGCGUCGCCCUGGACUACGAAAAGUCAAGAACCCAUUUCGUCGUCGUAGUGGCCAAGGAUGGCGGUGGGAAGCUCAGGGGAGACAACAAAGUGUUUUCAGCCACAACAACAGUUACUGUCAAUGUAGAGGAUGUUCAGGACACUCCUCCCAUGUUCAUCGGGACUCCCUACUAUGGAUAUGUUUAUGAAGAUACCCUCGCAGGCUCCGAGGUACUUACUGUUGUUGCUCUUGAUGGAGACAGAGGAAAGCCUAACAGUAUUCAUUACUGCAUCGUGAACGGAAGUGAAGGUUCAUUUGAAAUCAGCAACACAACUGGAGCCAUUUCUGUUAUAAAAAGCCCAAAUCAGCUUAAGAAAGAAGUGUAUGAACUAAAAGUCCAGGCAUCAGAAGUCAGUCAAGAAGGUGACAUCUCAGUGUAUGCAUUGGCCACAGUGACUAUACGGGUGGUCGAUCUCAACAACCAUCCACCAACCUUCUAUGGAGAAAAUGGUCCCCAGAACCGAUUUGAGCUGACCAUGUAUGAGCAUCCCCCAGAGGGUGAAAUCUUGAGGGGACUGAAGAUUACAGUCAAUGAUUCAGAUCAGGGAGCCAAUGCUAAAUUCAACCUCCGUCUUGUUGGACCUGGUGGCAUCUUCCGAGUUGUUCCCCAAACUGUCCUGAACGAAGCUCAGGUUACAAUAAUAGUGGAAAAUUCUGCUGCUAUAGACUAUGAAAAAUUCAAGGUGUUAACCUUCAAGCUUCUUGCAAUAGAGGUGAACACACCUGAGAAAUUCAGCUCAACAGCUGAUGUAGCAAUACGUUUACUGGAUACCAAUGACAACGUCCCGAAGUUUUCCUCCGACUACUACAUUGCCAGGAUCCCCGAGAACUCCCCGGGGGGCUCAAACGUAGUUGCUGUAACAGCUACAGAUCCAGAUUCAGGACUUUGGGGAGAAGUCAAGUACUCUAUCUAUGGAACAGGAGCAGAUUUGUUCUUAAUCCACCCAUCAACAGGUAUAAUUUACACCCAGCCCUGGGCUACAUUAGAUGCUGAAGUGAACUCCAAGUACAAUUUCUACGUGAAGGCAGAGGACACAGAUGGGAAGUACAGCUUGGCUGAAGUGUUUAUCACUGUGCUGGAUGUCAAUGACCACUCUCCAGAGUUCAACGAGAACAUCCAAGAAAAGACGAUGAUCAUUGGGUCACCAGUGAAGAUAGAGGCUAUAGAUCAAGAUGCAGAAGAACCCAACAACAUUGUGGAUUAUUCCAUCAUGCAAGCAGAUCCAGCCAAUGUGUUUGAUAUAGACCAAAGCACUGGGGAAAUCAAGCUGAAAUCCUACAUCCGUUCUCUGGACAUCGUCCACAACAUCACAAAGAACAAGGACUGCAUAUGGUCCCUGGUGGUGCAGGCCAAAGACCGAGGCUCCCCUUCCUUCAGUACCACGGCAGUGCUGAAGAUUGAUAUCACAGAGGAGACUCCUCACAAAGGGCCUAUGGCCGCCUUUUUGAUGCAAACUAAAGAUAACCCCAUGAAAGCCUUAGGGGUGCUAGCUGGCGUCAUGGGCAUCAUGGUGAUGAUAACGGUCAUGAUCUCCACCGCCAUGUUCUGGCGCAAUAAGCGGUCCAACAAAAUCAUGCCAGUGAGAAGGAUCAUAAAAAAGAGGCAGGCGCACCCGCCCAGGACGGUCCGGAUGGAGUGGCUGAAGCUCAGGAGGCCCAGCAGCGCCGCCGAGAAGUUCAUCGUCGAGGAGGACACCAGGAACGAGAACGGCAACAACAACGCCCAGGCCGGGGCCGCGCCGCCGCCCGCCCCCAGCCCGCCACCGCCACCCGCCCUCGCCUCCGUGGCAGCCACCCCGGCCUGGCACGUGCCCACUGUCUCCGGCUCCCUCACCCCCACGUUCAUCAACAAGCAGCUGAAGAGGAGAGGCCCAGGCGGUGCGCACACCGCCCUGGUGUCCGAGCUCAAAAUGAAGUUUGAGAAGAGGAACACGGCUCUCGGGGACCUGCACAUCUAGGAGACGCAGCCGGUGGCGGCUGUGCCUGGGUGUAUUUGUGUGCUCUGGUCUUCCCCGUGUCGUCCAACACCCAGCGAGCUGCAAGUGGCUCCUUGCCGUGAUGAUCGCCCUUCACCUUGUGCAAGUACUGCGCGCUGCAGACCUGUCCCACCAUGGCCAACGCCGCUGCUGGCGCCCCGUUGCGACUGCAGUUCCUGCAGGUUGUGUGUCCUCCCCACGGCUGUCUCACCGGGGCGCUAACUACAGGGGUUUCACCCAGAGCGUCCCAAAGUGACCGGUGGUUUGGGUUGCCUCUGUUUUGGAGUCCUGGUUUCUGGACAGCGGUGCCCUGCAGCCAGGGCGCUUCCUGGUGCCACAUCUCACCUGGUCCAGCAGAUGGGCUUGAGGUGCCUAAAAACCGCUCACUUGCAGUGACCGACCUGCUGGCCUGACUGUGGCGAGCGCAUUGCGUCCGUGCGGGGGUGCCCGUCGGAGCGGGUGCGCUGUUUUUUGUGCGUAGGUAGCUCGUCAGUGGGUUGCUCGUAUCGGUUGUCCUAGGUGCACUGCGUCCUUCACAGCAGCCAGCAGUGCAGUGUGCACGUGGCUGAAGCCCCCUCGAUCCUGGAGGUGAGCCAGCGCUGAGGUGUUUCUCAUUCCCUGCAGCUUUUGCUGGAUUUUUCCGGCGUGCGUUGACGUGCUGCUCUCUGCUUCAGCGCUAGACACGCCUGCUAAUAAGGGAGCGGGAAGGCCGCCCCGGUCUUUUAUAGCCCAGCUGGGGCAGGAUGCAAGCAUGGAAAUUUGGUAACAGCGCUCGCGCGAUGCUGCCUCCUUCCCACACCGCAGCCCCUAACGAGGGGGAGGCCAGCGGGAGAGAGGCAUGAUUAAAGCAGCAGGAAAGGCAAGGUAAAACUGUGAGGAAAAAGUGGUAAAUGAAAAAUACAGACAACUGCGGGAGACUCGCAUAUGUUGGUCGGAAAGUGUCUGGGAAGAUUAUUUGCUUUUGUACGCUUCUGGCAGGAGGUGUUGGGGAAGGUAUUUCAUCACCGCUCCUGGCUUGCCCCAGGGACUGGCAAGUACAAAAUGAGAUUCCCUUAAAAUAUUCUGGUUUGUCUUCUCAGCAUUUUUGGCUGAAUUAUGCAACAGUUAAGCAGGGGGAGGGCACCUGGUUUUUACAGACCAUCUUUUCCCUGUUACAUGACAGUAAAAAGGCACCAGAGGCGGAGCAUCUUUUUCGCUGGAUCUGCUCCGCAGCUGUGCUCACGUUCAUUUCUGGGGACAUCUUUUCCUCAGACUGGGAGGGACAUCUAGACAUGCUGGCUCGCCAGGGAGGAGAGGGGGAGUAAAAUGUCAGCCUGGUGUUUGGCUGAAAAGUGGAAGUAAGUGGGAGCUUGACUCAGCGGUUGGGUCCGGCUGUUGCCAUCACCUGGCGGAGGUGGCGAGCGGCGGCUGGCUGGGGAGCGCCCACAGCCCGGCCCCGCGCACGGCGGUGGUGCUGGCCUGCCAGGGGGUUUUCUGGGAGCUGUGUUAAUUCAAGGAUGUCAUCAAGACUCUUCUUAAACUGCUUUCUAUUGUCAUUUCAGCCAGACCAGCAGCUCCCUCCAGGGCUCCUCUCUCCUUAACCCAUUACCUGGCCUUUUGGCCCAGCCACGGGGACCCUGUGCCCUCCCUCGGCCCUGGCUGGGCAGCAGCUUCUUCCCGGCUUCUCCUGCACCGCUCACCUGAAGCCAUUGCGGUGGCGCCGGGAGCCGUCGCACCCUCCCGGGGCUUCACAGUUGCCUCCUGGCAGAUACAGGAGCUAGGAACAAGCCGUGGCCCUCCAGCUGGCUUCAUCCUUUCCCCUUAAGGCAUAUAUAUACAUAUAUGUGUGUGUGUGUGUGUGUGUGUGUGUGUGUGUGUGUGUGUGUGUAUAUAUAUAUAUAUUUUUAUAUAUAUAUAUAUAUAUAUAUAUACACACACACACACACAUAUAUAUGUAUGUCAGGCCUGGCUUCCCUUCAUUUUCACCAUGACUUCAUCAGCUUAGGCGACAGCUGGUUGAAAGAGAAAUUAGCCAACUUAACAGGAAAAAUUAUAUAUUUUUUUACUUUAAUUCAAAGUUACUGUUGGUUUCCUACAAGGCAGAGGGUGACCGUGGUUGGCACCUCACUGUAGGUUGAGAUGCGCGGUGUUUCCGAGCGGUGCAGGCGGGUGCGGGCCGCGGCAGACUCGGGCCCCGACCGCACCUGCCAAAGACAGGGCUUCCGGCUCGCCGUUGCAUGGCGCUUUCUCUCGGCACCGCGUGUCCGACCUGCGGGACCCGGCUCUUCCCAAACGCGCCGUUUCUGGGCACGUGGGGCGGCGGGACUGGGCUCGCUGCGUGUGGAUCAGGAGCAGGGCUGCAGAGCGCUGAGGAGCAACGAGCCGGGUAUUUUUUUGGGGGGGGGGGGGGGGGAAGCACUCCGUGCAUGAGCUUCCUGCCAUUUAGGACUGCGCAGGGGACGUCUUUGAGUGAGGAAACAGGCAGCUAAAAAAUUCGUCUUUAAAGACAGUUUAAACAGAGUAUGAUGCCCUGAACGGGGCUGACAGGCAGCAUUUCCCUGGCAGGGCGGUGGGCUGCGUGGCGCGAGCGGGGCUGCUCCUGGCAGCGCCGGGCACUGACAGCAAAUUGGCAACUUCCUACUUGUGCCAUUUUCCAUCGCGCCCAUGCUGGUGAUUUGCUCCUGUGCCACCAACACUUUUCCUGCUGUUUCUUUCCUUUCCUCCGCUGGGUUUUGCCGCCUGCCCCCCCCCGGCAGCGUGGUGGGUAUUGCCGCUUUUGGGGCCCACCAGCCUGCAGAGCGCUGGCACCCGCGUCGCCGCCGCUGCCGGCCCUUUGCCCGAGCACCCUCCCGGCGCUGGUCAUGUCCAAGUCGGUUUCUACCAAGUUUCACGAGGAACCAAAAGCUUGUUAAUCGCUGUGCUACUGUUUUCCUGAUGCUGUAUCAAAGCCAGUAUUUAAUGUUCAUUCUCAAAUGAGGAAAGCCUAUAAGGACCAUUCAAGUAAGUGAGAUUUAACAGGAAUUAUGGGCUUAUAGUCUUAGAGAUGUAUUUAAGAGGGAAUAAAGAUGUUUUAUUACUAUAUCGUGAAACUUUUUUCCAGUUACUCUGUGUUUCAACUUCGGGGUUUUUUUAAUAAAUAAAAAAAAAAAAAUCUGUAAAAGUUG